UAACACUCCCUCCCCCCCUCCGAAUACACACACGCACACAUUCACACCUGUGCUAAGACUGCGUAAAAGGGAACAGUACAGAGGAGGAGACUCCUCCAUCUCUCUCGGAGCUUCAGACAUCGCGUGGAAGAACCCCGGGCCCACACAGACACGCGCAAGUGCACACGCAAGCAGGCGCCGGCGCCGAACACGCAGGCUCGCCGUCCUCCGCAGCUCUGACGCCGUCUGCACGAGAGGGGCCCCGUCCAUCUAUCUGUUCCCCUGUCCAUCUGCACACCAUGAAGCUGUAGGGCGCUGAAGACUCUUCAAAGACGCUAAGGGGCACAAUGAGAAAUCAGAACACCCUGGUGACACUGAUAUAAGAGCUCCAAACCAACAUGGGGAGUCGUCCCAGCAAAGGCGGACGGCGUUCCAGUGCACUGACCCAUCAAGACACCAGUGAGCCCACCAUUCUGGAUAACCAAAGAUAUGUGGUGGUGGCUCUUUACAACUACCCUGCUGGAGGACCAGCGGACUGCAGCAUUCGAGUGGGAGAGAGACUCAACGUCCUAUCAGAUGAAGGCGAUUGGUGGAGAGUAAGCUCCACAGCCACUGGCAAGGAGAGCUACAUGCCCAGCAACUACACUGCUAAGGUAUUCCACAGCUGGCUGUUUGAGGGCAUCAGCAGAGAAAAGGCAGAGGAGCUGCUGCUGCUGCCGCACAACCAGGCUGGAUCCUUCAUGAUCCGCGAGAGUCAGACACGCAGAGGGGCGUACUCUCUAUCGGUGAGACGGACCACCAGCUCAUCCUGGGACUCGGUGAAGCACUACCGCAUCCAUCAGCUGCAGAACGGCUUCUUCUACAUUUCACCUGGCCUGACUUUCCCAUCGUUGUUCCAGCUGGUCGACCACUACUCCGAAACGAAUGCUGGGCUUUGCUGUUUGCUGAGGGAGCCCUGCUUCAUCCAGGGUUCCAACAAUGUUCCCGUGGUGACGGGCCCGCCACCUAUGGCCGUCAGGAAACCCACUCUCAACUGGAAGGAUGUGGACAGUUCCAUGAUCUUCAGUCGGGACAAAGUGGACACUGAGGAGUCCCUGGUCAGUGAGGGACUACGGGAGGCCAUCAACUCCUACCUGUUCAUGACGGAGGAGACUAACUGUGAGGACUGUGGGCAAAAAUGGACAUGAAUAUUGAGAUCUGGGGGUGUUGGAGCAGCACACAGAUGUGGAGGACAAUGAAUUUGGCUGUGUGCACCUAUGCUAUGGACUCAAAGCCAUCCAAUCAGACCCAGAAGUGGGGUAGGGUGGGACUGCUGUUCUCCCUAACCAGAAACAUAUACAAGGACUACAUCAGCCCCCAAGCCCACACCAUUUUCCCAGUAGCCUUAAUCCAGACCACUGCUCCACAAGACCUGCUCCUUUAUGUUUGUAAUGAAAUCCAGAUUGCAAUGACCAUGGUGUUGUUGGACCCUGAGGACUGAUGACAAGGGCUUUCCACAAAAGAACACACAAUGUGGAAUCAGAGACCUUGGGAAAAUUCCACCCAACGUACAGAAACAUCGUUAUGCCCUGUUGGAACAUGGACCCCCUCCAGGGCCAGACAAGCAGCUGUUCAGCUGGCAAAGCAGGCAUUACUGUUCGAUUCUUUGACUGUGCCAAUAAUGUAUGAGGCAGGAUGGUUCACACUGACUAUCAGGUAUAAGGGUAGAAGCAAUUUAAACUCCACCUCACAAGUUUACAUCUUGCUAGCUUGAGCUGACCGAUCUCAGCCAAGAAGGACGUAUUGUCAGAGAGUUCCCCACACAAAUGAAGUAGAUUCAAAAUUCUAUAAAUGUGAACCGUGUGUCUCACAUCUUGGUCAGAAUCAUCCUCCAUUGACCAGUGCUGGUUGGCUGACAGAAAUGAAUUUGUCAAGUGGGAAAAUCACACAGAAUGUGUUGGUGGUCAGCUUUUAUUUUUUUGUUUGUUUGUUUAAGAACUCCCGUGGCAGCAAAGGUAGCUGUAAGUGCUCACAGGAAGUGCCAUAGGAAGUGGCGAAGAUGUUGUCAUGAAGGCUGUUAAUGGACAAAUGUCACGCUGGCAGUUGUUUCCUCAAACUAUCAGCUGAGAGCGGCAUUAAAAAAUGAUGCUUCAUUUUUUGCUGGUAUAUAGAAUCUGUUCGCAGCUAAUCGAGACAGCCAUCUUGGACUUGCAUAAAGCCACCUGUUUUUCCUGAGAAGAUAAAAGGACUGGAGUCCGAUGGCGAUUUCCCCCUUUGCAGCAGAAUUGCACGGUAGAAUGAUAAGAGUGGUGCUUUCUGUUAGGGAGAGUAUAUCAACAUGCUCAUGUGUCAAGCUUCUGGAAUAAGCUUUGCUUCUCUGCCUCAGAUCAUGUACAUAAAUCCAAUAUUAAUAAAUUA